AUGGCGAUAGGAGGUUUCGAGAUGGAGCUUUUAAUGACAAAGCUCGAUUACUUGCAAGACAAACUGCAGGAGGUGGAGCAAACUAUGAAGACAGCUAUGGAGAGUUCGCUGAAGGAAACGGAGCAUCGUUUACAGGCCAAAAUGCUCGCAUUGGAAGAAUCUUUGAAAAAGAGUGUGGAGGCAUCGGAAGGGAAUACACGGACCAAAUUGGAGGAAUUGAAGAAUCAUAUGAUACCCAAGAUGGACCAGAUUCAGGAAACAUCGCUAACUGAACUUAAGAAACUAGGAGAAAAUAAGGACAUUAUUAAUUUGCUAACGCGUUCGAUGCAUAAUGUAACUACAAAUGUAGAAACAUGCAGUAAGACAUUGGAAGACCACUUAAUAGAUCCUGUCCGAUCAUGUCGACAAGUUACCAAAGAAUCUGGCACGUAUCUGUUCAGUUUGGGGAAAUGUUCGAAACCAUUCGAGGUCUUUUGCGAACAAAAUAAGUUGGAGGGCGGCUGGACAGUGAUCCAGUAUAGGUUCGACGGUUCAGUCGAUUUCUAUCGGAACUGGACGGAGUACCGCAAUGGAUUCGGAAAGUUUGAUGGUGAGUUCUGGCUCGGGCUAGAAUAUGUGCAUCAAAUUACCAAAAACCGACCGCAUGAGCUGGUGGUGGAGGUGAAAGAUUUCCAUGGAAACUACGCAUACUCUAAGUAUGAUGAGUUUGAGAUAGGAGACGAAUCGGAGAAGUAUGCGUUGAAGAAGUUAGGGACACACUCAGGGACAGCAGAAGAUUCGAUUAACAACCACAAAAAUAAAAAAUUUACUACAUUCGAUCGCGACAAUGACGAAACGGAUAACUAUAAUUGUGCUGAGAUAUAUCACGGAGCCUGGUGGUACGAUAGCUGCUUCCAAACCCAUUUGAACGGGCGUUAUCGGAACACAACAGAAGAUGGUAGUGCGAUGGUGUGGUACUUUUUCGAAAAUGACUGGCGUGAACUGUCUUACUCGCGAAUGAUGAUUCGCGAUAUCAUUAAGUAA